CAGGCUGAAUGGGGUAGAUAGGAGGCUCAUCUUGGACAGUUUUUUAUCUUUCUGUUUCAUAACUGGUAGCUAUUCUUAGAAAAAAAUAUCACUGGGUCUGAGACUACACGUGGCAUCUGCGUAAAACUAGAUUUCUUUCAAAAUGAGAUCCACAACAGGGCUGCUAAAGAGAACCUUAGCUUUCUCGGCACUUGGUAUCAUCAUGCUUAGGGUUUCAAGCGCUUAUUUUCACAAUUCAACAAUUCCAGCGAUUGCCAACUAUUUUGGAACAAAGGGCAGAUACGAAGAGGUAAAUCCAUAUUUAAUUGACGACAUUUUGUCUGUGAACAAGUCCCUGUCAAAGCCCCCAUCGGCGGACUGCCGUGCAAUUCACCUAACCGCAGUGAUUCGCCACGGCACUCGAUAUCCCACCACUAAAAACAUCAAGAGAAUGAAACGUCUGUACAGCCUCGUCGUGCAUGAAUCUCAGGGAGCGUACGCGUGGCUUAGAGACAUCAAGCACAACUGGAAUAUGUGGUACACAGAGGACAUGGACGGGAAACUUGUGGAAAAAGGCAGAGACGACCACAGGCAUUUGGCAAUGAGGCUGGCCACCUCGUUUCCAUCGUUGAUCUCCAUGGACAACUUUGAAAACAACCGUAUCAAGUUUAUCACUAGCUCCAAGCACAGGUGUGUGGACAGCGUGGAGUCUUUCCAAGAGGGAUUGCAUAGACACUGGGACAUUCAAGACAAACAGUACACCCACGAAAUCAACGACACUCUCAUGAGAUUCUUCGAUAAGUGCAAGAAGUUUGUCGAUGAUGUGGAGAACAACAAAACGGCUCUUCUGGAAGUCGACCUCUUCAAGGCUUCAGAUGAGAUGAAAAAGGUCCAGAAGAGGAUUGCGGAACGCUUGGCAGUUCCUCUCAGUGACAUGACCCCAGACAUGGUGGAGGCCGCUUUCUUCCUGUGUUCAUAUGAGUUUGCCAUCAAGACGGUGAACUCCCCAUGGUGCAACAUGUUUGAUGAGACGGAUGCACAAGUGCUGGAAUACAAGAAUGAUCUGAAGCAGUAUUGGAAGAGAGGGUAUGGCCACGACAUCAACCGCAAAUCCAGCUGCUCCCUCUUCCAUGACCUCUUCCAGCGACUGGACCAGGCAGCGUACGACCACAGGUUUGGCUUAGUGUCUGAGGUGGUGACGGUGCAGGUGGGCCAUGCUGAGACUCUCCUCCCGCUGCUCUCCCUCAUGGGCUUCUUCCGCGACGAGACCCCCCUGACGGCCGCCAACUUCCGCACCCAGCACGGCCGCACCUUCCGCACCAGCCAGAUCGUGCCCUACGCCGCCAACCUGGUCUUCGUCCUCUACGACUGCAACGACGGCCUUCGACUGCGGUUUCUCCUCAACGAGAAGCCCAUGACCUUCCCAGGGGUCGACCUGCCGGAUCCACUGUACAGCACUGUCAGGGAGCACUACGGCGAUUUGCUGAGAGGCUGUAACUUUGAGAAGGAGUGCGAACUGCGCGGGGCAAACAGAAAGAAUACUGAGCUGUAGUGGUGUCCAUUGGCACCGCCCUUACGAAUCAAUUCGAUUAUGAUUCGGGAGCUAACGAUUCGAUUCGAUUAUGAUUCGGGAGCUAACGAUUCGAUUCGAUUCGGUUCGAUUCUGCGAUGCAUUGAAAUGCAUUAUAUUUCUACUGAAAGAAAGACACAUUUUCCAUCAGUCAAGAGGCAAUACAUGCUGUCAGAUUCUGAACAACAUUUUAAUGGCUGUUGUUUCAGUCCUGCGGUUUUCACUGCCUUGAAGUUCAUUUGCUCCUGAAAUUCCCACAGAAGUAAUUGAAACUUGAAACGCAUCGAUUAUGGCCUUUGCCGAAUUAAUUAUUAAAUUGUCCUGCCCCGCAUUCGAAUGCAUCGCUGAAUCGAUUAUUGUUGACACCACUACUGAGCUGUGAUUUGUGGAAGGAAGUGAGAGUGAGUGACAAAAAACUUGCGUGAAGUGUACGAUUAUUUCAUAAUAAUAGUGGUUGGGUUUUUUUACAAGAGAUUUGUUUUUCCCUUAAAUAUGUUCUAGCCAAAAAUACUUCCUCUGCACUUUCAUCACAGCUUUCCCAUGUCACAUUUCUAGAGUAGAAUUGUGAUUUUAUUUUAUUGUUUUAAAUUAUUUUUUCCUUAUCCACUUUUCAUGCCUUGAAUCUCUUGAGUGUGAUUUCAUGUUUACCUUUCCAUUCAGUUUUCUGUGCCUUGAAUCUAUAGUGUGGGGUAAUUUUUUUUACCUCUCCAUCAAUUUUUCCAUGCCUUCAUUUUAUAGUGUUGUUUAAUGCGAAUAAGCAAAUUUGCAUUGAGCCUCAUGCAAGCCUCAUGCAAGAGGGCAUUACUAUAUUUAAAUUGUCAGUUUUGUGCAACUGUGCCAUAUGAGGAGUAAAAGAGACCUAAAAGAUUUCAGAGUGUACAGUUUCUCUAAAGCCAAGACAUUUUGGAAAGCUUUAUUUUUUGUACUGAUCAAAAACUAAACCACACAAGUGGUCAUUUUGGCUGAGCCAAAAUCUUGAAGAAAAAAUGGCAUGGCAACAGCACAACAAUUUAGGGUGUUCUUCUGUUUGGUAUUUGCAUUUUAGUUAUAUAUGAUGUGGGUUUUUCAUUCCAAAGUUCUUUUCUCAAUGAUUGUUUGAUCCAGUUUACACGAAUGACCUCUAUAAGUAAUAAAAUACUGUAUCAUUGGUUUAUACUAAUCAUGGGACUAUUGCAGUGUUUAAACCUAACCUGUAUGUCAGACAAACACUGGCAACUUUGACUGACUUUUGAAAGUCAAAUUCCAAGCUCAUUUGUUUUUUGUUUGUUUUUUACAUUGUUAUUUAUUCAUAAACAUUUGGUGCUUAAAAGAACCAACGAAGACUUUGAGAAAGGAGAGGAUAGCCAACAUUCUAAAAGGACGUAUGGAACGUUUUACAGAUUAGACUUUGAUUUCAUUAAAUCAAAAUGAUUGGUUGUGCCACGAAGGAUUUUGAAAACUGAAAAGCUUUGCAUUCUUUGGUUAGGAAGACUUCUUAUUAUCUCAAACUGUUCCUUGUUCUUUCCAUAUACUGUGGGCCACACAAGUUUUUAGUCUGUCCAUUCUAUAGAUAAUUUCUCACUACUCCUUUGGUUGGAGUCAAGUGCUUAUUUUUGAAGUUUUUUUUUAACACCAUGUGCCCUUUUUUAUGAUGUGAAUUUAUUUUAAAAAAAUCCCUGUUUUCAUGGGUGAACUUUUGGGGUAAAAUUAAGGUUUUUGGUCAUGCUAGCCAUACUGUUAUUGCUUUUGGUUUAUGAUCAGAUAAAAAAGAUUAUUAAAGAUGAAAAAUAAAUGGCAA